CUCCACUUACAUGAUGUUGGAAUCUGCAGAAAAAUUUGAAAGUGCGUUUGAUCUCAUGCAUCAAAGUCCACAAUAUUCUUCUUUUCGAGAUUAUCUAGAUUCAAAGAAGGGUCUUCCAUCUUCAGAAGAUUGGCAGAGUAUUAGGCGGUUAAUGAAGUACUUGAAAUUUUUUUGUGAGCUGAUCAUUCGUGUAUCAGGAUCAUCAUAUGUG